CCGAAUACGAAUCCUGCAGAAAAAGGCAGAAUCCUGGCCGAAUCCCAAACCGAAUCCUGGAUUCGGUGCAUGCCUAUUUUAUUUAUUUAGCUUUUUGCAGCUCUCUAAUCUGGGAUUUUAGCAGCUAUAUGGUUACUAGGGUGCAACAUACCCAAGCAUACCGGCAGGGCCACCAUCAUGGGGGCCCAGAGGGUACAUUUGUACCAGGCUGUGGUUGUGCUGCACUCUUCAAAUUAGCCAGGCCCCCAUUGACAGCGCUGAACAACUGAAGUCCCGAAGAUGGGAAUGGAGCCGAAGCCGUGAAAAGACCUGAAGCCACGAAAGAAGCUAAAGCCCCGAAAGGAGCCUAUGAUCCGCCUCGUACCCGGAAGCAACGGACGGCACAGGGAAGAGCCAUUCGUGGCAAGCCUUUGUGUUCCUUUACUGGAAGUGGAAGAACUGAAGGAGAUCUGGACCUUUCUGCCAGUUGUUGGCUCUCUGGGCACUGCCAGUCUCAUUUAUACACUUGGGGUGCUUCUUAUAGAGACACACGUGGCUGCCUAUUGCUCAGAGGCUUCUGGAUUGUGGAAGUCGUCUUGGUCGCAGAGCUAGCACUCAGUCUCCUCAUAAAGAUUCUCAGGGGCUGAUAUUGAUUUAUAUUCUGAUAUAUGUGCCAUGGAGGGGCAUUAGAGGAGGAAGGGACCCCACACAAGCACCUCUGUCUGAUAGGAGGAUGAGAAGACCUAGAGGCACCCAGUUUGCUGGUGACAAGCCCCCAAGAGUAUGGCUUCAUCUUUAGCUUCACAUCCCUGGCUCUGGCUGUCCAUUGUCUUCUUCUCGGCACACCUGCUACAGUGUGAUGGUGGGGCAUCUGUUUCUCUCCCAGAGUCCCUGCUGUUCGUGUCUACAUUAGAUGGGAACCUCCAUGCUGUCAGCAAGCAGAGCGGGAAUGUGCUGUGGACUCUCAAAGAUGAUCCGGUUAUUCAAGUCCCACUGUAUGUGUCAGAGCCAGCAUUCCUGCCGGACCCCAGUGAUGGCAGCUUGUACAUCCUAGGUGGGAGAAACAAGGAAGGACUAAUGAAAUUACCAUUCACUAUCCAAGAGUUAGUCCAGUCCUCUCCCUGCCGCAGCUCAGACGGAAUCCUAUAUACAGGAAAAAAGCAAGAUGCCUGGUUUGUUGUGGAUCCCAAGUCAGGAGAAAAGCAAACAACCCUGUCCACAGAGUCUUCCGAAGGCCUGUGCCCAUCUUCCCCUCUUCUGUACAUUGGACGCACACAGUACAUGAUCACAAUGUAUGACACAAAGUCUCGAGAGCUGCGCUGGAACGCCACAUUCCAUGACUACUCUGCCCCGAUGUGUGACGAGGCCUAUGACUAUAAGAUGGCUCACUUCACCUCGACUGGGGACGGACUGCUGGUCACAGCGGACCGGGACAGUGGGGAGGUGCUAUGGAUGCAGAAUUAUGGCUCCCCUGUCGUUGGGCUUUUUAUGUGGCACCAGGAUAGCCUGAGGCGUAUCCCACAUCUUAAUGUCGCCUCAGAAACCCUACGCUAUCUGACCUUUCAUUCCCAUGACAUCCGUCUGAUUAAAUGGAACUACCAAGCCGUCCAGCAACUGAGCAGCACCAAAACCCAUCUGCUGCCAUCGCUGUAUGUUGGGAAACAUGUGACCGGUUUCUACGCAACCAGUUCUAUGAUUCACGAAGGAGUCGCUGUUGUGCCCCGCGGUAUCACUCUAGCCCGGGUGGAUGGACCCACGACUCAGGAUGUCACAUUGAAAGAAUCCACAAAGUUUGACGUGACAUCCAAUACAGAUGUCAGAUACCCACAGGGUAGUGUCAUCUCAGCACACCAGUGGCUACUCAUAGGUCACCAUGAAUUACCACCUGUUGUUCAUACAACUAUGCUGCGUGCAUUCCCUGAGACCCUGCGGAGGGACACGGAGACAAUUAUCCAUGGAUCUACACCAAGAACACUCUUUGAUGAUUUUCUGACUCCUCAGAAUCAGGAUGGGCUCUCUCAAGGGGAUACUGAGAGGCAUGUAAAGGUGGAUACAAGCAAGGAAGAAAUGAACAUGGUACCGACCGACUCAUCAGUUAUGAAUGUUCUCCUUGGGAUCAUCUUCACCCUACUCUUGGGAGGCUGGGUCCUCUUUGCAUUCACCUACCCCAAGAUGCAGGAGCAGCAGCGUCGGCAGCAGCAAGAGUUGCAGCAAGAGCUAGAAAAGAAACUGCAGCUUCUUCAGAACCAGCAGAACCUGGCGUCUGAAGUCCCAUCUCCGGGGCAUUCUAGUUCAGCCCAGACAUCAUUUUUUUCAGAAGAUCACGAUAGUUGGCGGAGCAGUAGCAGCAGGUCAAGUGGGCAGCCGGAUGUAGUACAAGCUAACGGAACCAGGAAACUAAGGAAGGAGAGUGUGGAGUCAGAAGCCAGUGAUGCCGAUGAGAUCCAAGUGGGGAAAAUCUCUUUUUCCCCUAAAGAUGUUUUGGGUCAUGGUGCUGGUGGGACCUGUGUAUUUCGAGGCACAUUUGAUGAUAGGGCGGUGGCAGUGAAGAGGAUCCUAUCAGAGAGCUUCACACUUGCAGAUCGAGAGGUUCAGUUGCUGCGGGAAUCAGAUGAGCACCCGAAUGUUAUUCGCUACUAUUGCACUGAGAGUGACAAGCUCUUCUGUUAUAUUGCACUGGAGCUGUGUGCGGCCACUCUGCAGGAGUACAUGAAGAAUCCUGAUUUCCAUCGAUCUGGCCUUGAUUCAGUAACACUUCUGCAUCAGACCAUGUCUGGACUCGCCCACUUACACUCCCUUAACAUUGUGCACAGGGACCUCAAGCCAUGCAACAUCCUUAUCUCCUACCCCAAUGCCCAUGGCAAGCUGCGAGCCGUUAUUUCAGACUUUGGCCUGUGCAAGAAGCUGAGCGUUGGAAGGAACAGCUUCAGCCUGCGCUCUGGUAUCCCUGGCACGGAGGGAUGGAUCGCUCCAGAGGUCCUACGGGACAGACCCAAGCAAAAUCCAACGGCAGCAGUGGACAUAUUCUCCGCAGGGUGUGUGUUUUACUAUGUGCUUUCCAAGGGACAGCAUCCAUUUGGGGACAAUUUGAGAAGGCAGAGCAACAUCCUGAGUGGAUCUUACAACCUUCCUAAGCUCCAGGAAGAUACACAUGAGAAUGUGGUGGAACGUCACCUGGUUGAAAUGAUGAUCAACUGUGACCCUUUGCUAAGACCCUCAGCCCAGCAUGUCCUCAUACAUCCAUUCUUUUGGACACCAGCAAAGUGCUUACAGUUCUUUCAGGAUGUAAGUGACCGCAUUGAGAAGGAACCCGUGGAGAGCCCAAUUGUGGUCGCCCUCGAGUCAGAUGCUCGUUCUGUAGUCCGAGUAAACUGGCGUUUGCACAUAUCUGUCCCACUUCAGACAGAUCUCAGAAAAUUCCGGUCCUAUAGAGGUAAUUCUGUGAGGGAUCUUCUCAGAGCCAUGAGGAACAAGAAACACCAUUACCAUGAGCUGCCGGCUGAUGUCCGAGAAACCCUGGGUUCCAUCCCUGAUGAGUUUGUGUCAUAUUUCACUUCCCGAUUCCCACAUUUGCUUCUCCACACAUACCAAGCCACGGAGAAGUGCUCCCCUGAGAGACAGUUCCAGACCUACUAUCACUGGGUGCAAAGUUCCUGAGACUUAAGGGCUCCAUGCCAAAAAUUGACUUGGGGGCAAAGACAAAAAAUCAUGGAUUUUUAGCAAUGAAGACAUUGUCCUGGUGUUCAGGACUUGAUUGCACUCAUAUAAAGCAGUGAUCCCCAACCAGUAGCUCAUGAGUAACACGUUGCUCUCCAACCCCUUGUAUGUUGCUCCCAGUGGCCUCAAAGCAGGAGCUUAUUUUUGAAUUCCAAGCUUGGAGGAAAGUUUU